AUGAGUCAGAAGGUGAGUAAGGACGGCCCCAGGCUCUCCAAGAACCAGAAGUUUUCUGAGCACUUCAGCAUACGCUGCUGCCCGCCCUUCACCUUCCUCAACUCCAAACGGGAGAUUGUGGAUAGAAAAUACAGCAUCUGCAAGAGUGGCUGCUUCUACCAGAAGAAAGAAGAGGACUGGAUCUGCUGUGCCUGCCAGAAGACCAGAACCAGCCGCCGUGCACCGUCCCCUCAGAAGCCCAAGCCCCAGCCAGCUGCACCGCCUGCGGUGGUCAGAGCACCAGCCAAGCCACGGUCCCCUCCGAGGUCUGAGCGUCAGCCACGCCCCCGCCCAGAAGUCCGAACACCACCAGCCAAGCAGCGCCCCCCUCAGAAGCCCAAGCAACAGCAGCGCAGCUCCCCCCUCAGAGGUCCAGGCACCAGCCGUGGGGGUUCCCCCGCCAAAGCUUCUAGGUUCUGGUAA